AUGGCAAUCGUUUCAUAUCAUUAUUGUGGGAAAAUGACAGAGCCGGAUUAUCUUUAUCUAGGUUGGGAGGUUAAUGUUGCUGUCAACUUUUUUGUGUUCGACCGAAUUCGGGACGGAUAUUUGGCUGUUCAAGAUAUUAGACCAGGAUCAAAUGCUGAUAGGAUAGACUUGCGCUUUGAUAAGAUGAAGAUGGAAUGGAGUUUCAUCAAGUUUCUUUCUCAUGACACUUUGCAUGACCCUUCGAAUGGCUUCCUGGUCGAUUAUCAUUGCAUAUUUGGAGUGGAGGUUUUUGUUAUUAAAAGGCCUGGUGAAGGAGAGAGUCUUUCAUUCGUCAAAGAACCUGCAAAUGGUCUACAGACUUGGACGAUCAAUGACUUUUCGAAGCUGAACAAUUCUCUCCACUUCUCUGAGGUGAAGCUGCAGCUUCAUCCUGGGGGAGAUUCAAAUGCCUCAGGGACACACCGGUCUCUUCAUCUCAGCGUAGAUGAUUCAGAAACUAUUCAAACCAGGCGCAAACUCCUUAGGGCUGCCGCCGGGCCUAAGGCUUGUAAGGGAAUCAGAGUGAAGGUAAGAAAUGAGAACUUAGAGCAGGCGUUGAGGUACAUGGACUUCGGCUUGUGUGCAGGAGGAUUAGAUUCACUCCUAAGGAAUCUCUCGCAAGCUCCAGAUUAUCCUCUGCAAUAA